GUUGACCAGAGCACAGAGAAAGCUGCUGGUGCCCAACCAUCGGGAAUUGCGUGGAAUAUUUUAUUCUUCACCGGGACUGAAAAAGCAAUAGACCGAAGCCAUGGGGGAUGCGGAGAUGGCAGUGUUUGGAAAGGCGGCGUCGUAUUUACGGAAGACUGAUAAAGAAAGGCUUGAAGCUCAGAACCGACCGUUCGAUGCCAAAACCUCCUGCUAUGUUAUCGAUCCUAAAGAACUGUUCGUGAAGGGAACCAUCAAGAGUAGGGAGGGCGGCAAAGUCACCGUGGAGACCUUAUUAGACAAGAGGACCGUUACUGUUAAAGACGAUGACGUCGUGCCGAUGAAUCCUCCAAAAUUCGAUAAAGUAGAGGACAUGGUCAUGAUGACUCACCUGAACGAGGCAACCGUGUUGUUUAACCUCAAAGAGCGUUAUUCGGCCUGGAUGAUCUACACCUACUCUGGGUUGUUCUGUGUCACUGUAAACCCCUACAAGUGGUUGCCAGUGUACGACCCGGAGGUUGUGACGGGAUACAGAGGGAAGAAGCGUCAAGAAGCUCCUCCUCACAUCUUCUCCAUCUCUGACAACGCGUAUCAAGCCAUGCAGACGGAUCGUGAAAACCAGUCCAUCCUGAUUACCGGAGAAUCCGGUGCCGGGAAGACUGUGAACACAAAACGUGUCAUCCAGUACUUCGCUUCGGUUGCAGCAGUUUCCGACGCCAAGAAGAAGGAAGCUCAAGCUUCUGGGAAGAUGAAGGGAUCACUGGAGGAUCAAAUCAUCCAGGCUAACCCACUGUUGGAAGCCUUCGGUAAUGCCAAGACUGUGAGGAAUGACAAUUCAUCUCGUUUCGGUAAAUUCAUCAGGAUUCACUUUGGUACCACUGGUAAACUGGCUUCCGCUGACAUUGAAACCUAUCUCCUGGAAAAAUCCAGAGUGACAUUCCAGCUGAAAGCUGAAAGGAGUUACCACAUUUUCUACCAGAUGAUGACCAAUCACAAACCUGAAAUUGUUGAGUCAUGUCUAAUUACCACAAAUCCUUAUGAUUAUCCUUUCAUCAGCCAGGGUGAGAUUACAGUCAAGAGUAUUGAUGACACAGAAGAAUUGGUUGCAACUGAUACUGCCAUCGAUAUCCUUGGCUUCGUCAUUGAAGAGAAGUGGGGCAUCUACAAACUCACUGGCGCAGUGAUGCACAUGGGCAAUAUGAAAUUCAAACAAAAACAGCGUGAAGAGCAGGCAGAACCAGACGGCACAGAAGAUGCCGACAAAGUUGCCUACCUGACCGGCCUUAACUCAGCAGAUUUGCUAAAGGCAUUGUGCUAUCCACGAGUAAAGGUUGGCAAUGAAUUUGUGACCAAAGGGCAGACGGUUCAGCAGGUCACCAACUCAGUUGGUGCUCUUUCCAAAUCUGUUUUUGAGAAAAUGUUCUUAUGGAUGGUCAUCCGCAUCAAUCAACAACUGGACACAAAGCAGGCCAGACAGUAUUUCAUUGGUGUGCUGGACAUCGCUGGUUUUGAAAUUUUUGAUUACAACAGCUUGGAGCAGUUAUGUAUCAACUUCACAAAUGAGAAACUGCAGCAGUUCUUCAACCACCACAUGUUUGUUCUGGAACAAGAGGAGUACAAGAAGGAAGGAAUUGAAUGGACAUUCAUUGACUUUGGUAUGGACUUGGCUGCUUGCAUUGAGCUCAUUGAGAAGCCCAUGGGUAUCUUCUCAAUCCUCGAGGAGGAGUGUAUGUUCCCCAAAGCCUCAGACACUUCCUUCAAGAAUAAGCUGUAUGAUCAGCACCUUGGAAAGUCAAACAACUUCUUGAAGCCCAAGCCUGUCAAAGGAAAGCCUGAAGCUCACUUCUCACUGGCCCAUUACGCUGGCAAUGUGGACUACAACAUUACUGGCUGGCUGGAUAAGAAUAAGGAUCCACUGAAUGAAACUGUAAUUGGGCUGUUCCAGAAGUCAUCAGUGAAACUCUUGGGUACUCUCUACGCUGCAGUCCCUGAAGACAGUACAAAGAAAGCAGGCAAAAAGAAGGGUGGUUCAUUCCAGACAGUGUCCGCUUUGUUUAGGGAAAACUUGGGCAAGCUGAUGGCUAACCUGAGAACCACACAUCCUCAUUUUGUGCGCUGUCUCAUCCCCAAUGAGACAAAGACACCAGGCACUAUGGAAAAUCACCUUGUCAUACACCAGUUGAGGUGCAAUGGUGUGCUGGAAGGUAUCAGAAUUUGCAGAAAGGGAUUCCCAAGCAGAAUCAUCUACGGUGACUUCAAGCAAAGGUACAGGAUUCUAAAUGCAAGUGCAAUUCCUGAAGGCCAGUUCAUUGAUAGCAAAAAGGCAUCUGAGAAAUUACUGGGAUCCAUUGAUGUAGAUCAUACCCAGUACAAGUUUGGACACACUAAGGUGUUCUUCAAAGCUGGUCUCUUAGGUGCACUUGAAGAGAUGAGAGAUGAUAAGUUGGCACAGCUCGUUACCCGAACUCAAGCUAUAUGCCGUGGCUUUUUAAUGAGGGUUGAAUUUACGAGAAUGAUGGAAAGGAGGGAAGCACUGUUUACUCUACAGUACAACAUCCGUUCAUUCACCAAUGUCAAACACUGGCCAUGGAUGCAACUGUACUUCAAGAUCAAACCUCUCCUGAAGAGUGCUGAAACUGAAAAGGAAAUGGCAAAUAUGAAAGAUGAGUUUGAGAAAACUAAGGAGGCACUUGCCAAAUCUGAAGCACGGAAGAAGGAAUUAGAAGAGAAAAUGGUGGCUCUUGUGCAAGAAAAGAAUGAUCUCCUACUUCAAGUCCAAUCGGAAGGUGAAACUCUGGCAGAUGCAGAAGAAAGAUGUGAGGGGUUGAUUAAAAAUAAGAUUCAACUAGAGGCUAAAAUGAAGGAAGCUAAUGAAAGAUUGGAAGAUGAAGAGGAGAUGAAUGCUGAGCUGACAGCUAAGAAAAGGAAACUGGAGGAUGAGUGCUCAGAACUGAAGAAAGAUAUUGAUGACUUGGAGCUCACAUUAGCCAAAGUUGAAAAAGAAAAACAUGCCACUGAGAACAAGGUGAAAAACCUCACUGAAGAGAUGGCUAGUCUUGAUGAAAACAUUGUUAAAGUAACCAAGGAAAAGAAAGCUCUCCAGGAGGCCCACCAGCAGACCUUGGAUGAUCUCCAGGCUGAGGAAGACAAAGUCAACACUCUAACCAAAACAAAGACUAAGUUGGAACAACAAGUUGAUGAUCUUGAAGGUUCUCUGGAGCAGGAGAAGAAACUCCGCAUGGAUCUGGAGCGUGCUAAGAGAAAGCUUGAAGGUGACUUGAAGCUGUCUCAAGAAAUAACAAUGGACUUGGAGAAUGACAGGCAGCAACUGGAUGAGAAACUAAAGAAGAAAGAGUUUGAAAUCAGCCAGCUUCAAAGCAAAGUUGAAGAUGAGCAGGUUAUGGCUACCCAACUGCAGAAAAAGAUUAAGGAAUUACAGGCUCGUAUUGAGGAGCUUGAGGAAGAAAUUGAAGCUGAGCGUGCCGCUCGCGCUAAGACUGAGAAACAGAGAGCCGAUCUUUCUCGGGAACUUGAAGAGAUCAGUGAGCGACUGGAAGAAGCUGGUGGGGCAACUUCAGCUCAGAUUGAAAUGAACAAGAAACGAGAGGCAGAAUUUCAGAAAAUGCGCCGUGACCUAGAAGAAUCUACCCUCCAGCACGAAGCCACAGCUGCUGCUCUUCGCAAGAAGCAGGCUGACAGCGUUGCAGAACUUGGGGAACAAAUCGAUAACCUGCAGCGGGUGAAGCAGAAGCUUGAGAAGGAAAAGAGUGAACUGAAGAUGGAAAUUGAUGACCUCGCCAGCAACAUGGAAUCAGUGUCCAAAGCCAAGGCAAACCUUGAGAAAGUAGCACGGACACUAGAGGACCAGGUCAGUGAAAUGAAGACCAAACACGAUGAACAUCAACGGUUGAUCAAUGACUUAUCAACUCAUAAAGCACGUCUUACAACAGAAAACGGUGAGUUGAACCGCCAAGUGGAGGAGAAAGAGGCCUUGGUAUCGCAGCUGACAAGAGGGAAGCAAGGAUAUACCCAACAGCUUGAGGAACUGAAGAGGCAGCUGGAGGAAGAAACCAAGGCUAAGGGAGCCCUGGCCCAUGCUCUGCAAUCUGCCCGCCACGACUGUGACAUGCUCCGUGAACAAUAUGAAGAGGAGAUGGAGGCAAAGGCUGAGCUCCAGCGUGGAAUGUCCAAGGCCAACAGUGAAGUGGCUCAGUGGAGAUCAAAAUAUGAAACUGAUGCAAUCCAGCGCACAGAAGAACUGGAAGAAGCCAAGAAAAAACUUGCUCAGCGUCUGCAAGAUGCAGAGGAGCAUAUUGAGGCCGUGAACUCCAAAUGUGCUUCACUGGAAAAGACUAAACAGAGACUACAGAAUGAAGUGGAGGAUCUGAUGAUAGAUGUAGAGAGGGCAAAUUCAGCAGCAGCAGCUCUGGACAAGAAACAAAAGAACUUUGACAAGGUUCUGGCAGAUUGGAAACAGAAAUAUGAGGAGACCCAGGCAGAACUGGAAGCAUCUCUGAAGGAAUCUCGUAGUUUGAGUACAGAAAUCUUUAAGAUGAAGAAUGCAUAUGAGGAGUCUCUAGAUCAUCUUGAAACUCUUAAACGGGAGAACAAGAAUCUACAGCAGGAGAUUACUGAUCUGACUGAGCAACUGGGUGAAAGUAGCAAGGCCCUCCAUGAGAUGGAAAAGGCAAAGAAGACAGCUGAGCAGGAAAAGAGUGAAAUCCAGUCAGCAUUGGAGGAGGCAGAGGCCUCCCUGGAACAUGAGGAGAGCAAGAUCCUCCGCAUUCAGCUGGAACUGAACCAACUGAAAUCUGAAGUUGACAGAAAGAUUGCAGAGAAAGACGAGGAGAUCGAUCAGGUGAAGAGGAACCACCAGAGAGUUGUGGACACAAUGCAGAGCGCUUUGGAGGCUGAAGUCAGGAGCAGGAAUGAUGCCUUGAGAAUCAAGAAGAAAAUGGAGGGUGAUCUAAAUGAAAUGGAGAUUCAGCUGGGACAUGCCAAUCGCCAGGCUUCAGAAGCACAAAAACAUCUCAGAAACAUACAGGGCCAAUUGAAGGACACCCAGUUACAGCUGGAUGAUGCCUGCAGAAGCCAGGAAGACUUGAAGGAGCAACUAGCCAUGGUGGAGCGCAGAAGCGGCCUGCAACAGGCUGAGAUUGAAGAAAUGAGAGCCGCUCUGGAACAGACAGACAGAGCUCGCAAAAUUGCUGAACAAGAGCUGAUCGAUGUCACUGAAAGAGUUCAGCUGCUGCACUCUCAGAACACCAGCCUCAUCAAUACUAAGAAGAAGCUGGAUGCCGACCUGAAUCACAUCCAGUCUGAAAUGGAAGAAACUAUCCAGGAGUCAAGAAAUGCUGAAGAGAAAGCCAAGAAGGCUAUCACUGAUGCUGCCAUGAUGGCUGAAGAGCUGAAGAAGGAACAGGACACCAGUGCUCACCUUGAACGAAUGAAGAAGAACCUCGAGACGACAGUGAAGGACCUGCAGCUUCGCCUGGAUGAGGCUGAGCAGCUGGCAAUGAAAGGAGGAAAGAAACAGCUCCAGAAACUGGAGGCCAGGGUGCGUGAGCUGGAAAGUGAGCUGGAAGGCGAGCAGAAGCGAGGUGCUGAUGCUAUUAAAGGUGUUCGCAAGUAUGAAAGAAGGGUCAAGGAACUAUCUUAUCAGUCAGAGGAAGACAGAAAGAAUAAUCUGAGACUACAGGACCUGGUUGACAAGCUGCAGAUGAAGGUUAAGGCCUACAAGAGACAAUCGGAGGAAACUGAGGAACAGGCCAACGCUCACCUGUCCAGGUUCAGGAAGGUUCAGCAUGAACUGGAGGAAGCCGAGGAACGUGCCGACAUUGCCGAGUCUCAAGUCAACAAACUUAGAACUAAAACCCGGGAAAUUACUAUCAAGAGCGCUGAAGAGUAGAUGACAACUUGAAAUGGUCCAAAGAAGAAAUCUACAAAAUGUGUAUUUCUUUGUAACAUAGUUUUAUAAAUGUAGCAAUAUCAACAAAAAUAAACGUGCAACACGAAA